GUCUGAACACUGCAGGCGAGGUGAUCUCUCCCUUCAUGUGCAUGGCCUGGGGACCACUGAAGGGCGACUCGAAUAUGGACUGGUUUUCACUCACCACCGAUAGAGCUUCCUGUGAAAUAUACAACACACACUGGUUAUGGUAACAAAUCUGUGGUCGUGACUCCUGUCUGACGUCACGAGGAGUAAAAGGAGGGAACCGCAGUCACGACGCAUUCCUUCACGAGACGCGCGGACACGCCCCAUCGCGCACGGCCUCUUUAUAACGGUCCUGAGUCAAGCAGAAACAGUCAACAGAGCUUUAAGGCAGAGAUUGAAGCUGUAGCAAAUCCUUGACAUCUGGAAUAAGGACUCUGUGAGAACUUUAAGAUAUGGAAAUGUAUCAAGCUGGAUUUUAUACAGAAGACUUCAGAACUCAGGAGGUUCCUGGUGGAUUUGACUUCAGCUCAUAUGACUGCAGUGGUGAAGACCUGUCCUUUUUAUUAGACAGCAAAGGACCUGCCCAACAGCAGUAUCCAGAAACAUAUGCAGAGCCCCAGAAGGAGCAUUUGCACAGUUCUAAAGGUCAUACUCUUGCAGUCAACUCCACUGAUUCAGGACUCUUUAAUCUGGACUCCUUUCCUGAGUUUAGCUGUUGGGCAUCCUAUACUAAUAUUCCAGAAGGAAUGGUAGCAGACAGGCAACAGGUUGCCUUUCAGGAAACAAAUCAAACCUACCAGAACCUCGUCCCUCUAUGCACUCCAGCACAAAGCAGUCCAUUCAGCCCAGGGAUGGACACCAGCAGCCAUUACCAACCUGGGAAAGGUCCAAAUCACAGAGGAGCAUCCGGUACCGUCAAUUUGGACCAUCUGGGAGAUACUGAGAGAACAUAUGCCUUGUAUGAGGCAGAGCAGCAGAGCAGGCCUUCAUAUUGGUCUGAUUAUCCCUCACCCAGUUACUGCACUUCCAUGCUUGGACAGCCAGCAUCCUCUUCAUCACCUCCAGUUACUAAAUCCUCUGAGCAGUUCUGUCCCCGUGUGGCCAAAAGGCGUAACGCACCAUCUCAAAGAUCAGACAGAGAGGGUGAAAUGACACCCAUGUCUGCCUAUCCAGGAUCUGGACCCAUCCAGCUUUGGCAGUUUCUUCUAGAACUUCUGCUGGAUUCUGCUUGCCACACGUUUAUAAGCUGGACUGGAGAUGGUUGGGAGUUUAAAAUGUCCGAUCCUGCAGAGGUGGCGAAGCGGUGGGGCCAGUGUAAGAACAAGCCAAAAAUGAACUACGAGAAGUUGAGUCGUGGCCUGCGCUACUACUACCACAAAAACAUCAUUCACAAAACGGCGGGGAAGCGUUACGUCUACCGCUUUGUUUGUGACGUGCAAGGAAUGCUUGGAAAAACAGCACACGAGGUCUUUGCAAGUCUAAACAUCUCACCAUCAAAUGGUGCAUCUCCACAGUCUGUAAUAAACACAGCCAGAUCGGAGGAAACCACAGAGUCCUGGGCACAUUAGAGAAGAAUGUUUUCAAAUGCCCGUAAUGAUCUAAAUGAACUGUAAAACAUCAGAAGUCAUGCCCCGGAAAUAGCAAGGACAGAAAAGACUGAAGUUCCAUUCAAAGAUAUGUACUUUAAACUGAUUUGGACUUCUGAAUGAGUUGAUUUUCAACAAUGGAUCUGAGAUCAGCCAUCAAAUGCAGUUACGUGCCUUUAGAAAACAUUGUUAGCUACCUCUUUUGACGUUGGAACACUAAUCUUGUAAAUGUUUUUUUGUUGUUGUUGUUUUCUUAAGUAAACUGAUGUUUUGACAUCAGAUUAUGUAUUCUUGUAAAUAAAUUGUUACAGUAUACACCUUUUUACAAAAUGUUGUUACUCUGUUUCAAGUUGAAAAGCUAUAAAUAAUAAUAUAGACAAAAAGUAUAAAUAUAAUGAUCAUAUCAUUAUUUUCAAGUAUUUUUUUGGUGUUUUUGAAAAAUGUUACACACCUUGUUUCAGUGUUUGUAAAAAGUAUAAAUAUUACAGCAAGAAAUAUGAAUGCAUGAAAUUACAAAGUUUAGAGGAGAAAAAUCUUUAUCAUAUUUUUUAUUCAUAAAUUAUUUCAAAAAAUGAAUUGGUGUUACUAAAAAAUGUUAUACUUUUUCAGUGUUUGUCAGAAAAGUAUAAAUAAUAGAUAAAGUGUGAUUUAUUAAUUCACAAAGCUUAAAGGAAAAAAAUUAA